AUGACGCGUCUCGAGUGGUUGCUGCUCCUGGCGUGUGCCGUCAGCAUUGGAGCUGGUGUGGAGGCUGCUGCAACCCAAAUCCAGAGACGACGCCGUCAUAGCAUAGUUGAGACUAUACCAGCUGCAGCUGCAGCUACAUCUGGAAGCAGUGAUUGGGGAUUGGGGCCAGAGUUGACAUUGGCUCGGCGUGUUUACGACGAAUGCCAGGAGAAGAACGAUUUUGUUGGCUGCCUUAAGCAAAAGGCGUUGCACGCCUUGUCGCGCGCCCUGGAGCAAGAUUCCAUUAAAAUCGUCGACGGCCUGGUUCUGGAGAAACAGAAUCAAAGCGACACAGAAAGCAUCAUCGGAUCGCUGACUGAUGCCAGGCAAUUCGGCAGUCUAGCGCCAAUCGAUCGUGCUCUUCUCUCUAAGGCCGACAAACUCAUGCGCACCCAUGCACUCAAAGUAGACAUGGACUUAGACUUGGACGUAGGCGUCGGUCGCGAGCAUGAGCAUAAGAAAAAGAAGCACAAAGACGGUGGACACAUUAAGUAUGUCAUUGCUGCGCUCUUAACAGCAAUGGGCAUUGCCGGUCCUCUCGGCCUCAAGGCGCUUGCUGCUAUUGCCGGCAAGGCGCUUGUGAUUAGCAAAGUCGCUCUGACCAUUGCAGGCAUAAUAGCGCUCAAGAAGCUCUUUUCGCACGAUCACAGCGAGGAGACCAGCUUCCAGGUGCACGCCGGCGAGCACAACAGACGCAACACGUAUGUCAUCAGGCCCGUCUCGAAAACAAAUGCUGGCGUGGGAGUAACAGCUGCUGGCGGUAGCUCCCCGGUGGAUCCAUAUCGCUACUACUACGAGUACCAACAGCAGUAG